AUGACAGCCCCUCUCGAGCUCUUCGUCUUCCCCUGGGGCGUCUACCCCCGACGCGUCCUCCUCUACCUCGCCGAGAAGGGCCUGGCCGGCCACCCCCACAUCAAGAUCACCCAGGUGGACGUCGCCAACCAGAUGAGCGCGCCGGGCAAGCCGCCGGGCUCCGUUCCCGUGCUCCGCCUUCCGGACGGGACCUUUGUCAAGCAGUCGGUCGCCAUCCUCGAGUACAUCGAGGACGUCUGCGACGCCCCGGACCCGUCUCAGCCGUGGCAGGCCGACCUCGCCGCCGCCGCCGCCGCCGCCACCACUGUGACGGGGAGCAUGCGCGGCGGCGACACAGCGGCGCGCCGCGCCCGCGCCCGCGAGAUCCUGGCGCUGGCCGACGAGGCCAACAGCCACUUCGGCCUGGCCGCGCACAAGGGCGCCCGCGUCUUCGUUGGCGCCGAGGAGACGGACCCAAAGGCCGCGCGCCUGGCCAUGGAGUACUGCCGCAAGGCCAUGGGGCUGCUCGAGCCGUACUACGCCGACGACGAGCUGCCGCUGCUGGAGCGGGGCGGGAGGGGCGUCACCAUUGUGGACUGCGUCGUCUUCUCGCUGAUUUCUUUCGCCAGGGGUUUGUACGACGUCGACCUCUGCUCGGGGCCGGCCGGCGAGGAGCUACCCAGCCUGCGGAGGUUCGCCGAGUGGUUCGGGAAGAGGGAGAGCGCUAGGCUGCCAGAGGGGGAGUUUUAUCCAGCACCUAUUAAGGAGUUGACGGUUUUCAUUCCAGAGAAUGAGGAGUAA